AUGGAUUCCAGUGUAUUAGAAGAGGUCCCCAUCAAGGACACGCUCAGCGUCCCCGGUUCUAGCAUGGGAAACCAUAUGGCUAGAACACGCAGGAGGUGGUCCAGCAGUUCUGCCGACAAGCGGCCGAAGGUUAGUGAGACCACUGAUGGCGUGCACGAAGACUCCAAAUCCGAUUAUAUUUCACCGGGUCAGCUGUACUCCACAGAGUCCGGGCGUUUGUUCCACGCGGGCAAGAUACUCAUUGUGCUAGUGGGUCUACCAGCUACGUCUAAGACGUUACUGUCGGUGGCGAUCACAAGGUACACUAAGUGGCUUGGUGUGCGUACAAGCUCAUUCCACGUCUCGGAGUACAGAAGGAGGAUGGUCAACGUCGACUACGACAGGUUUCCAAACGACUAUUUCUCCGCCAAACCGCAAACCGCAGAAGGCCAGGCGCUGAGGACGAAAAUAUUGGAUCAAGUACUCCUUGACAUGCUAGAGUUCUUCAAGGAAAGCAAGGGCCAACUUGCGGUCUACGAUGCCCUGAACAUCCUAGUAGAAGAGAGAACACAGCUGCAGAAGAUUUUCUCAGAACGAAACAUCAAGGUACUUUUCAUAGAGUCUGUGAUGACAGAUUCAGAAAUGAUCAAGCACAACGUGGAUAUGGCCACGAAGUCCGCAGAUUACGCCGAUUGGCCGCAAAAGGACGCAAUCCAUGACUACAUGCAUCGUUUGAGAGUCAACAGAGAGCUGUACGAAGAGAUGACUCCAAAAGAACAACUCAGCUACGUGAAAUACGUCAAUUUUGGCGAACGCCUGAGUGUCAAUAACAACCAUUUCGGAUACCUGAUAAACAAAAUCGUGUUCUUCCUGAUGAAUCUGAGAAACAAGAAGGGGUGUGUUUAUUUUGCUCGCUGUGGUACUAGCGACAACGACAAGUAUGUCGACGAUGAGCUGUUGAAUGCAGAGGGUGUCAAAUAUUCCAAUCUCCUGACAGACUUGGUGCUGCAGACCGUCAACGAAAGGAGAGCUUCCCAGCAGCCAGUGUCUAUUACCCCCAUUGGGAGCGCGAGCAGUCCAAAUUCUGGGCUGAGCUCGCGUUCAAUGUCACCAUCGUUAUCUCCUCUUCUAGCUACUGCUGCCUCACUCCGUAGAACGGAAUCAACUGGUAACGCCUCGAUGAGACAGCCAGCUUCAGGCGAUGGCGGCGAUGAGGACUCUUUUGUUGUAUGGACUGCUCCAAGAAAGCGUACCCACGAUACCGCCAAGUUUUUCGAAGAGCGUGGCAUAACUGUAAGACAAAGGUACCAGCUGCAGCAACUACACCCUGGCCUCGUAGCUGAUCUAACGGAGGAUGAAGUCAGCCAGAAGUUUCCCGAAGAGUACAAAGAAUGGAAGAAGGAUCCUUAUCAUUACAGGUUUCCCCGCGCUGAAUCCUAUCACGAUCUUGCUGUGCGGAUGGAGCCGCUUCUUUUGGAAAUGGAGAGAAUGCGGGGCGACAUCCUUAUCAUCGGUCAUGAGUCUGCUCUGCGAGUACUUUACGGAUACCUCAUGGCGUGCUCGUGCUCAGACAUUCCAAACUUAAAGUUUACAAGAGACGAACUCAUUGAAAUCUCAUUCAGCCCAUUCGAAAAUAAGGUUCGGAGAAUUCCUGUUGUUAUGAACAAAUGA